AUGCCCUCCAAGACUAAUUGCGUGGAGGCAUAUCUACUGCUACGAUACCCCGUCAAAUCCAGAGACGGUAACACAACCAUUCCGACCUGUCCAUACGUAUAUCCCAAUGGCCAAGGUAACGUGGGUAAAUUCCUGAAUGGGGAAACCUUGGGCAGAAAAUGGAGAAAGGAGCACGGGCCGAUUUAUCGAAUUUGGAGUGGGUUCACACCAGAGAUUGUUGUAGGCCGUCCCGAGGAUAUUCAGGCGGUCUUCCGUGACUCGAACAUGCAUCUGAAGGGCGUCAACAUGAACUCCGGAUGGGUAGUUGGGGAGCUUCUCGGGAAAUGCCUCGGGUUGCUUAAUCAAAAUGAUUGGACCCGUGCAAAAGCAGCUGUGGUCGAGCCCUUUCACCAGCAGACCUCUCCUAGCUACAUCAAAUUAACUGAGUCACGAGUCAAGAGAUACAUACAGAAUAUUGAGAAUGAGAAGGGCCAAGGAGGUAGGAUGAUACUUGAACCUGCGGAAAAUCUGAUGUUCCUUCCAUUUUGGAUCCUUGGCGAUAUCCUAUACGGCGGGCUUGAUGAACAGAUGGAGCGACAGCUUGACGAACUGCAAAAACUACGACAUGAACUAUGGAAAGAUGGCAUUGCUGGUGGAUUGGCACGAUAUUCAAUCGGACGUUUUGUCCCAGGAGCGAGGCUUCGAAACCUCAACAAGUUUAAACCUCUGUGGAAUGACUUUAAUGAUCAAGCAUAUGAGCGAGCGAAAGGAUUGACACUGCCUGAUGCGCCACCCAUUGUGAAGAUGUACAGGAAAAUUGAGACUGGCCAGAUAUCCAAGCUGGAAUUCCUUCAUACCAUGGAUGAAAUCCUAUUUGCUAACUUGGAUGUCACGAUCGGAAAUUUUUCCUGGAACCCUGUUUUUCUAGCGGCAUACCCAAGCGCGCAAGAGGAGAUCCGCCAAGAGAUGAGACGGGUGCGCGAAGACCGGGGUGAUGUUGGGUGGAAAUCGUACCUUUCAGGGACUUCCACUUUUCUAAUGGCAUCUAUCCUUGAGACUGCUCGACUGAAGCCAAUGGCUUCCUUCUCAAUACCCCAAGCUGCUCCGACACAGCGCGUUGUGGGAAAUUACAUCAUUCCUGCGGGUACUCAAUUUGUGGUUGAUACUCACGGCCUGAAUAUUGGCGAUGCAAACUGGGGCGCAGAUCGGGGGCAGUAUCGCCCCCAGCGAUUUCUAGGCCAAAAUGCAGCCACCUGGCGUUAUCGAUUCUGGAGAUAUGGCUUUGGGCCUCGCCAAUGCCUUGGCAAACAUGUAGCUGACAUCAUGCUGAAGACUAUUAUGGCUUAUCUGAUCGAAAAUUACCGGCUGACACCCCUGGGCAAAGAUGGUCAGGACCUGGAAGACUGGCAGAAGAAGCCACAAACAUGGAUAAGUUUAGCUAUUCAACCCAUCAUAUGCACCCGGCUUCGUGAUUUCAAGUAG